GCCAGGCCAGUGUGUGUAUCCAUGAAUGUACGUCACUAUGAUGAUGACCGACCAGCUGAUGGACUUAGCUCCGCCUCCGCGGCUGAACGGGGAGCUGCCGCUGAUGCAACACAUGGUUAAUGGAGACGCAGCGCAACAGGUGAUCCUGGUACAGGUGAAUCCAGGGGAGACCUUCACCAUCAGAGCAGAGGACGGCUCACUGCAAUGCAUCCAGGGUCCUGCUGAGGUCCCAAUGAUGUCCCCCAAUGGAUCAAUCCCCCCCAUCCACGUCCCCCCAGGAUACAUCUCCCAGGUGUUAGAAGACAACACAGGAGUGCGUCGGGUGGUCGUCACCCCCCAGUCUCCUGAAUGUUAUCCCCCCUCGUACUCCCCCGCUCUCUCCCCCACGCACCACCUCCCGCCGUACCUCACCCACCCCCACUUUAUCCCCAACUCUCACUCCUUCUACCCCCCUGUGAGUCCUGGAGACCUGCCCCCCCACCAGUACUACCAACACCACCUCCCGCCCAUAUAUGGAGAAGAGAUAAUCCCAGUGUAUGGCAUGUCCAGCUACGUUGGCAGAGAGGAGAGCUAUAACAAGCCCCAGCCUAAGAAGAUGAAGGAGCAGAGACAGCUGGAGCGACAGAACAGACUCAACUCUCCCCCCUCCUCCCUGUACAAGUCUCUGGGCUCCAGCCACAAUGGAUACAGCGGGAAGAGCCACGUCCCUUCGCUAGGGUCAUUGGGGUCAAUGGGCGGAGCUAACAGUCCAGGAGGGAAGAAGCCGGAACGACGACAACUACGGAGCAGCCCAAGGAGCAACGAGCCAGACACACACACACAAUCACCGCAAGAUCACGACUCGGAGGUAAAGAGAGUUCAGGAAGUGCUCUCCGCCAUCGACAAACCACAGGUCAGUCACACACAUACACGCACGCAGACACACACACACACUCACUCACACACACACUUGCAGACAAAGACAUCUGUACCUAAAGGUGUCUUCCUCACAGAGCAAGUAUGUCCUUUGGAGCCCAGAACACCUGCAGUCCCCAACCUGACCACACAGGGGCAGUAUUGUACCACCUCAUCACACAGAACUAGGGCUACAACGCUACCGGUAAUUUACCAAAGUUACCGGAAUCUUCAGUAAUUUUGGUAAUUAACAGAAAUCUAUGGUAAUCAAUCGAAACUUUGGUCAUUUAUACUUGAAAAACUUGUUUUAUUCUUCAUAUAUAGUAUUAAUUUGUUACAUCUGUGUCCAUAUUGUCCAUGAGAAUUAAUGAACAAAAAGGAUCUAAUCAACAAU